UGGUAACACUGCCUACUACUCGUAUUGUCAAAUUUUACAAAUUUAUUGUUGUCAUUAUUCCUGUGUGCAGGUGGAUCGUGUCUGUAAUUAUGGAUUUUAUCAAAUUAUUUAAUGUAUUUUUCAGUAAAUUACUUGCAGUGCUUUAUGUAACGGUUUAUUUGUUUCAUGUAACUGAAGGUUCGAGGGCGGAGUACGUAACAUGUGGCACGAUUCUGAAGCUUAUGAACACAGACCUGAGGCUGCGACUGCAUUCGCAUGAUGUAAAGUACGGCUCCGGCUCUGGACAACAAUCGGUCACCGCGGUAGAUGUAUCCGACGAUUACAACAGCCACUGGCAAGUGCGAGCACCAAUGGCCGAGACUUGCAGGAGAGGAGUACCAAUCAAGUGUAAUACCAACAUUCGGCUCCACCAUGUGAGCACUAAGAAGAAUUUGCAUUCACAUUACUUCCAAUCACCUCUAUCUGGGCAUCAGGAGGUUUCAUGCUAUGGAGACGAGGAUGGUGAAGGUGACACUGGAGACCACUGGACUGUUGUGUGCAACAAUGACUUCUGGAGAAGAGACACUCCAGUGAAGUUCCGACAUGUAGACACUGGAGCGUAUCUGGCAGGCUCGGGGCGUACAUUUGGACGGCCUAUUAGCGGUCAGGGUGAAAUUGUGGGUAUCAAUUCACAGUAUGGGUCUUACACUGACUGGCAAGCCAAGGAAGGGCUCUUUGUACAUCCCAGCGAUCCCCUACCGCAUCAACAUGCGAUACAUUCUGAACUAUAAUAUGCUCAGUAUCAUUAGAUAUUUAACAAAUUGUGUAAGUUACUAGUGACAGUAACUUUAUAGUUGAAUUUAAUUUUAUUUGUCCACCUAUAGAUUGAAAUAAAAUCGUCAUGUAUGGAUGAUUUUAUAAUCAAUGUCAAAUGUACCAUAAUAAAGGUCACAAUAUUAACAUUAUUAAUCUUGGCGUGUUGACUCUGACGUUUAUAUUUGAGAGGACUUACAUUAUUAAUGUUAGCUAAACUUAAAGUCAACAAUUUUGUAUUCAGAUUCAUUAAAUGAAAUACAACAUAAAAACAAAUGAAAACACUAUUUUUCUUAAAACUUUAUUGUCAAAUCUGUUCAUGUUACUUUACAUGAGGAAUGUAAUCAAAUUUCACCUGAGACUUUUGAAUUACAUUACAAGUGGAAGUGCUUCAACACCAAC